GUAGAAGAUAGCGUACGGGGUCGGCUUUCGAUCCCUCUCCCGCGUUCAGCCAUGGCCGCGGCGUGUUGCUCCUCCUCCUUCACCCGUCCUUUCUCCGUCGCUUGCUCCUCCUCCUCACCAGCAGAGAAAGAGACCUCCAAGCUGAGGGACGACUGGCGGAAGCGCUCCAAACCCAUUCGUCCCGGCGGCGUGUACCCCGCGAAAGACCACUGCAGCCGUUGCGGGCUCUGCGAUACCUACUACAUUGCCCAUGUGAAGGAUGCGUGUGCGUUCUUAGGCGACGGCAUGUCCAGGAUUGAGGUUUUGGAACCAACAGUACAUGGACGAGCCAGAACAGUGGAAUUUGAUGAGAUCUACUUUGGUGUUCAUGAGCAAUUAUUGUAUGCUAAGAAGAUAAAACCUGUAGAAGGAGCUCAAUGGACGGGGAUUGUGACAACAAUUGCUGUAGAAAUGCUUAAAGCAAAUAUGGUAGAUGCUGUCAUUUGUGUGCAAAGUGAUCCAGAUGACAGGCUUACUCCGAGGCCAAUUUUAGCCAGGACCCCUGAUGAAGUUUAUGCAGCAAAAGGUGUCAAGCCGACAUUAUCUCCUAACCUUGAUACCCUUGCCCUAGUGGAGGCUGCAGGAGUAAAACGCCUUCUUUUCUGUGGAGUAGGUUGUCAAGUGCAAGCAUUAAGAUCUGUUGAAAAAUACCUUAGCUUGGACAAGCUUUAUGUUCUUGGCACCAAUUGUGUGGAUAAUGGAACUCGGGAAGGCCUAGAAAAAUUCCUCAAUGCAGCAAGUAGUGAGCCAGAGACAGUCCUGCAUUAUGAAUUCAUGCAAGAUUACAAGGUUCACCUAAAGCAUUUGGAUGGCCAUAUUGAAGAGGUGCCUUACUUUUCCCUGCCAGCAAAUGAACUGGUCGAUGUUAUUGCACCGUCCUGCUACAGCUGCUUUGACUACACAAAUGCAUUAGCGGACUUAGUGGUGGGCUAUAUGGGUGUGCCAAAGUAUGCCGGAAUAAGCAUGACUGAACAUCCACAAUAUAUUACUGUUAGGAAUGAACGUGGAAGGGAGAUGCUAAAACUGGUGGAGAAACUUUUAGAGAUUACUCCAACAACAAGCAGUGGUAACCGAAAACCAUUUGUUAUGGAGACAGUUAAAGCUGAUGACAAAGCAAAAUCUGGGAAAGGUCCUGAGCCAGCUCCCAAAUUCAUUGGAAAUUUCAUAACAUUUAUGCUCAACUUGAUUGGCCCAAAAGGUUUGGAAUUUGGUCGCUACUCGUUGGAUUACCACACAAUAAGGAACUACUUGUAUGUUCAUCGACAGUGGGGAAAACAAAGCAGAGCUGAAAGGCACAUUCCCUCAUACGCCAAGAAAAUUGUUGAAAGCUAUAAUGAUGAUGGACAAAUUUAUGAGAUGCUUUCACAAGAUUGAUCCCAUGGAUGGUCAGCUUGUCACUAUUUGAGAUGUUUGAAUUGGGCUGAGGCAGUGGAGAGCUAUUCAGAAUUAUGGGCAACUCUUGUUGGUUAUUAUGUUAUUGUUGUAUAAGCAUAUUUUGUAUCUAAUGAAAUAUUGUCGAUGAACCAAAAUGGAUAUACCUUGUAAAAGUGUUAGACGAUCUCUCUUAUUUGGAAUUUCGAAAUGUCAAGUCUAAUUUACGACGAUAUGAACUUGUGAUAAAUGGUUGGAGUUCUGAUUGUAUAAAUUACUUAGCUUGUAGAUUUAUAAAUGUUAUUCAUGUUUGUUAA